AUGCCCACCAGCGGCGCCGACUCGCUGAAACCCAGCGCCUUCAUCCCGGUGUGCACGGCCGCCUGCCUCCUGGUCGGCUCUACCUCCCUGUUCUUCGUCUUCACAUGCCCGUGGCUGGCUGUGACCAUCUGCCCUGCUGUGCCACCAUGCUGUGCCAUCCUCUUCCUUUUUGUGCUGGCCAACUUCACCAUGGCAACCUUCAUGGAUGCUGGUGUGCUCCCGAUGGCGAACGAGGACGAGGACAAGGAUGAUGAAUUCCGUGCUCCACUGUACAAGAACGUGGACGUGAAGGGUGUCCAAGUGCGGAUGAAGUGGUGUGCGUCAUGUCAUUUCUACAGACCUCCACGCUGCUCCCACUGCAGCGUCUGUGAUCACUGCGUGGAGGACUUUGACCAUCACUGUCCUUGGGUGAACAACUGCAUCGGGAGACGAAACUACCGCUAUUUCUUCCUGUUUCUGUUGUCGUUGACAGGUCACAUGAUCUGUGUCUUCACCUUUGGCCUCAUAUACGUCCUGCACCACAUGGAUGAACUGUGGAAGUUGCACUGCACCGUCACUUUGGUGGUGAUCAGUAUAUCAGGGCUGUUUCUGAUCCCGGUCCUGGGUCUCUCUGGAUUCCACCUGUACCUCGUGUCCAGAGGACGCACCACCAAUGAACAAGUAACUGGGAAGUUUCAAGGAGGAGUAAAUCCUUUUACACGUGGUUGUUGUAACAAUCUGGAAUAUCUGGUUUGCAGUCCCAUCUCUCCUAAGUACAUGGCGAGGCCCUAUAAGAAAGCAGUCGUCCAUGUUCAGCCUCCCUUCCUCAAACCAGAGAUCGACAGGCCAGUGAAAGUCAGAGAUAACGGGAUACAGUGCCGGGAUCUAACAAUUAAACGGACCUCAGCAGGAGCUGUCGAGCUGUCAGACAUCAAACAGCUGAAAACUCCACCGCCGCUGCCACCAAAACCAGAGCACAGCUUGCUGAGAAGCCAACUAGCUGCCAUGGAUGAAAUGGGACAUCACACCAAAUCCAUCAUUCCUGUAUCCAUUCCCACUGUGCCACAGCUACGGCCAGUCCUGGAGGCCAUAUCUAGAGGAUCAUCACCCAUUCCUCCAGAGCAGUUGCUGAGGACGUCAGAGCAUCAAGGGAACAACAGAAGUCCUGACCUCCGCUCUGAUCCCAAAGAAAGUCCAGCGAGUAGCAGCCUACAUGCCCAGACCAACACUGUCUCCAGCUCGCUGCAGCUCAACUCUAUGUCACUCACCCUCAAACACAACAACCGCCAUGGCAGUAAACCCCAGUUGCCUGCGAUGCAUGCUGAUGGUUUUAGAUCCAGUCCCCCGCCGGGCAUUUCAUCCUCCAGCCUGCUGGCCAACCACAGCAGCAGCAGCCUCUCCUAUGAUAAUCUCAUCAACCCUGCAGAUGCUCAGUUCCUGGCUCAGAGAGGGGCCCCUCUGGUCGGCUACCACCCUCACUUCAUGACUCUGGGCACAGAUGGGACUGUGGUGCAGCGUCCGUCCCCUCACUCCUACAGCCCUGUCUUUAUGGGUGUCACCAGACAGUCUCCUCAGCCUCGAGACCCCUCACCUUCAUUGCAGGGUCUCAUCUCUAGGGAUCCCUCACCCUCCUUCCAAGGAUUCAUUCAAAGAGACCAUUCUCCUGCUUUUCAAGGGCUGAUGCCAAGGGACCUUGCACCCCAAAGCGCAACAUCACGAGACCUCACCCCUUCGGGUCUGGCAUUACGAGAGAGUCUUCGAGACAGCCUCCGUGAUCUAGGGCCACAGGGUUUAACACCUCAGAAGUCAUCUGCUGUGCGCUAUGACAACUUUUCAAAAACCAUCAUGGCAUCUAUCCACGAGAGACGGGAGAUGGAGGAGAGAGAAAGAAUGCUGCGCCUGCAAGCCAGAUCCCAAGCCCUGUAUGGCCCAGAUGUGGGGAUCUAUGACAUCCCCAGCAGGCGGAGUCUUCCACCAGACAACAUCCGACCUCUGGGCUCCCGUGGACCAACUCCCCCAGCCUAUGGCUCCCGGGAGUUCCUUAUGAGCACAGGUAUCCUCGGUUACGGCAUGAGGACCUCCCCUCUCUCCAGCUCCUCCACGUCGUCUCUGACCCGAGGCCCAAAAACAGCCAGCUCCCCUCUGCAGAGCAGCAGCAGUAGCAGCCUGCAGAGCAAAGGCAGGUCCUCCUCUCCAGCCUACGGCCCUCCUGACAGACAGACGCAACCCCUCCCCUCCUCUACAUCCACCUUGCCCCGUUUACCCUCCUCCUCCACCUCCUCUGUCCCCUCAUAUGCCUCCUACGCCACUACAAAACGAUCCUCACUUACAUACUCCUCUGAGGGGAAGGACUCGGUCACCCUGGGAGCUCUGAAAUAA